UAUUACACAACAUAAUGAUCAUAGAUGGAUUAUGUUUGAAAUGUUUGUAAAGGUGAAACACCCCAUUCAUGUUCUAAACAAACAUUACCGCAGAGGUUUGUCCUUCGUCAUCGCUAUCGCGCAACACUUUGAUGUGAAAUUAUAUUUGAAUCCAUUGGGGACUCUGUUGGACAAGCACUGUAAACACAUGGGUUCAGAACAAAACUGUCCAACCUCUUAAAAAAAAAAAGAAAAGACAACCGAGAUGCAGCUCUCUGCCAAGAGUCCUAGGCUUCUAGCAUAACGUGAGGCCAAGACAAACCUGUGGGGAGGUCCCCACCAGUGGUGAAUCAGCAGCAGCUGACACAAGGCCUAUAAUUGUCUGGGGUCAAAGAUGAAAUGAAACCUUGUUACAGGCAUCCCCCCAACUGGGCUGCACUUCCUGUAUUUGUUCACCAUUCACCCCAUGUGAUGGGUGUGUUCAACACAUGAACUCUAGAGUUGUGAAACAACUGGAACUUUGGAGCAGCUAGCUCCCCUUCACUGUUCCUCACCCUACGAUUUCCUUUUUCUCUCUCUCCGCUCCCCUCCAACUCACCCAACUCUGAGCUCCUCCUCUGCUGAAAAGACACAUUUCCUGAUGUCAUUACUAAAUCAAAACCAUUGCUCAGCAAACAGAUGUGUUCAGGGGCCCAACCACACUGCGUAGCAUAGAUUGUCCUGAGAAUACAUCCUCUAAAUCUUUUUAAAGUCACUUUAAAUGUUUUUAUUUCAUCCCAGUAAUCGACAAAGACUUGUUAUUUUGAAAUACGUCCUUUUUUGAUAAGGAGCUUGAGGUACGAAUAAUCGUUUUAGUGAUGAUGAAGAAGUGGUCUAAUGCGUUGUCUUUGAAGAGCAGUAUGAAACGGAGACCGUAGUCUGCUGAGGUAACAGUCAUGCAGCUCCACAUGGCUCAAGGUACGACAUAAAGAUCCAGGAGGAGUCCACCCAUAUUCCCAGCCUUAUCCUAUUGUAUGAACGCUGAAAGUCCUAUUGAGUUGGAUCUUUGCAUUACUUGCCUGUGGCUGUGGGGCAGAUAGAGAGUAGGUCGUCGCAAACAGCUGGCUGACUCUAAUAACGUCUUCCAGAUAUGAAUCCACAGCCGUCUGCACAGCACACCGUGCGUAGUCAUGAUUACAUCCACCCUAAACGCCCUGGUCCUAAAUGUUUACUUAUGUUUUCCGAUUUGGCAUAGGCAGCCCUCAAGGGAAAUAAAUCACAAGCUGCACAAGUCAGCCAGGCCUUUGACUGUGAUAAAUGGAGACUAAAAUGUUUGAGAGUUCAAGAGUAAAAGGUUUUCAGAUGUGAGUCCAGCCCAACUUGGGUGUGCUCCCUUUUAUUUGAGAGAGAGAGAAAGAGAGAGGACAAUCUUUUGAGCCUCCACCCCUUUAAAAGGCAAGACAAUCCUAAAGAAAUGCACUGGAGAGGGGAAGAGCUUGCUGCCAAGGCUCAGGGCAGACAGACAGAUCCGCGAGGAACAUCUGGUAACCUAACCGCGGGUAACACCGAUCUGACAUCUGGUAGCCGAGGGUAAUGCCGCGUCUAGCUGCUUCCACCCAUGUCUAGUUUCCUGUUCUGCCCUGCAGGGCUCGGUGUUAGAAGUUCAGGCUCAGUCUAGAUGGUCGUCAGUCAGUGGGGGAAACUCUCCUAUGUUCACGUUCUCUGACAUGAAGGGAGCGCUUGUUUUCUUUGGGAUGCUCCUCUCUGUUCUCUCUGACGUUAGCCCCGAAGAUAGAGGAUUCUCCAGUGGAUUAGGUUGUGGGAAUAAGUAUGUUAACUGUGAACAAUACUGUGAAGUUUGUGAGUAUUUUCCCCCAAGGACAGAGUGCUAUGUGACCUUAUUUGAGGAAACCUGCUACAGUAAUUUUGUAGGUGCCAUGGAGUCAUUAAACAACACAGACUGGUGCAACUGGAACAAUGUGAAGAGGAUGUAUAACGCCUUCACCAUGUGCACAGAGGAGAUAGCAGAGUGUCUGCUGAUCCCCUGGCCCAACAGGAUGGUGGAGAAUGUGUUUGUAAACAUCCACUCCAGGUUCUUCCGGGACUGCCCAAACGAGGCACUGAGCGACCCCCCGCCCAGCAUCGUGUUUGCCUUGGUAAUGACCCCCAUCUGCCUCAUCCCCAUCAUGGUGGUCCUGGUGGUGCUCAAGACCAAGAACGGAGAUGGCAGCUCCUGAUAGGACGUCCUGGAUCAGUCCUCAUCCCCCUGCCUCACCUCCAUGUUCAGACUCACUCUCUCCAUCCCCCAAGUAUUCAAGACUGGGGCCAUUGACACAACUAUUUUACAGGGAACUGCUUAUCGUCUUCCACCCGCUGAUGGCUUAGCUCUGUGGAGUCCUAUCAAAACAAUCUCAAAGCCCAACCACUUUACACGUGACCUUUUUGGAUGCACCGAUACAGAAUGAGUAGUACCACAUCGGCAUCGGCAUCGUCCAAGGAUACAGGGGUUCAAGAAAGGGUCCGUCGGUGUUGUGUAGAGUGUCAGGUCAGCAUCCUCUGGGUUGCUUCUUGAAAACUCAUCUUCUCCACAUUCCUCGAUGCUCCUCUAACGAAAAGUGGCGACAGCCAUGUAAACGUUUCGCCUCCCUACACGCCCUAGGAAAGUAUUUAAGAUAGUAGGGUUUAUGGACUUAUGUCAUUCUUGACAAUCCAUUCCAUUCCAUGACCAUCUCCAUCCUGUCCCAGAUGUGAACCCCGACAGUGACUAUGCUAAAAUGGUUACAUGUUUUACAAUAUUUUAAUUGUUUAUAUAUGUACAGUGGGGCAAAAAAGUAUUUGGUCAGUCACCAAUUGUGCAAGUUCUCCCACUUAAAAAGAUG